AUGGUUUGCCUUUCACCAGCUGGCGUUGUGGUGACUUGGAAUCGGUUGUCCUGUACUCUCUCGACUCAUACGCUUAAUGGGAAGAUGAUUGCUCGAACCUGGAUUCCGGGAUCAUGCACCGUUAGUUGUAUGGAGGUUUCUUCUGAUGGACAAAGUCUUUUGAUUGGGUUGAAUUCGUCUUCUGCAAAUCAUGAUGUCAGCAGAAUCCAGUCCAAAGGGGAAGAAACUGAAGGUGGUGCUGAUGGCGAUGGUGAUAGUGAAUUGAAUGAAGAUGGUGAAACUGAAAGAUUGGAGUUUACAUCCCCUUCGGUUUGCUUCCUUAAUCUUCAUACGCUUAAGGUAUUUCACAGUUUGCAGCUGAAAGAAGGGCAAGAUAUAACAGCAAUUGCAAUGAAUAAGGACAACACAAAUCUCUUGGUUUCAACAGCGGACAAGCAAUUGAUUGUCUUCACAGAUCCUGCUUUGAGCUUGAAGGUGGUAGAUCAGAUGUUGAAGCUUGGUUGGGAGGGUGAUGGGCUUAGUCCAUUCAUGAAAUAACCAUUUUGCGUAUGAUGGAUCCAUUACAACUCUUUGAUCCUGCUACUACUACUACUAGUUGAGUAAUGAGGUUGAGUCAACACAUUAUUUUCUUCAAUGAUUUUCUUUGUGGUGUAACAUAAACAUAUAAUAGGUGAGGUGAGAUGAGGCGACAAGUUGUUGGUAUAUAAACUAGAAAACUAUACAUCUAGAUGUACAAUAGACUGACUUACACGUUAUAUUAUGUGGUAUUUGAGUUUGGUGUUGUAAAUUUUGAGGUUGUGCACUUUUUGAUGUAAAACUAUAUGAUGGAUGAU